AUGGCCCGCUGGAUCGACCUCGACCGCCUGUUGCGCCGCGACGGCGCCAUUCGCCUCCCCGUCUCGUCCGCCGACGUCAACCACGAGCCCGAGUCGGUCAAGUCGCCACUCGCCAACGACGACCACGACCAGCUGCCCUUUGUGCCCGACGCCGACGAGGCGGCAAAGCAGGGUUACACGAGCGCCAAUCUCCUCUUCGAAUCGCUCUGCGCGUCGGUCUGGAACGCCGCCUGCCUCGUCUACAUCGAGUCGCGCCACUCGCCGUCACCGCCGACGGCGGCCCACCUCGCCGCGCUCGUCGUCCUGCUCGCCAUUCCGCUCGGCGUCGGUGUCGUGGCGGGAGCGGCGUGCGCCUUUGGGCCGGGCGAGGAGGAAACGCGGCUGCGCGAGCAGAGGGGAAGGCUUAAGCGCGCGCUGUGCUGGACCGGCCUCAUCGGCUGCAUUGCGGCGCUGUGGCCCAUCGGCGCGAGGGUCGUUCGCGACCAGCCCGAGUCGAUCCAGCUCGGCCUCGCUCUCGUUCUCGCCAUCGUCGAGGGCGUCCUCAUCCACGCCGGCUCUACCUGUCCCGCCGCCGAGCAGCAAGGCGCGAUCGCCCUCCCUCGCACGUCGCUCGACGGCGACGACGAGGCCGUGCGCGAGAAGGGCCCGUGCGGCCUGCGUCGCGUGCGCGACGUGCUCGCGCCCGCUCGACGCGGUGCGACGAUGCAGAACACGAGGGAGCGCACGAGGGAGGCGGUCGUCGAGGUCGUCGUGCUCGAGAAGGCGUAG